AUGUCGAACACACUGGAGCCUCAGGUCGAGAAAUCGAAGAAGCGCAAGAGGAAGAGGACGAAGCCCACCGACGCAGCAGCCGAAUCGGUGGCCCCUCUGCUGGCGACCAAUGCUCCAGACGCUCCAGAACCUCCAAUCACGAAGCAAUUGCAAGAAAAGAGCAAAAAGAGGCGGAAAACAUCUCACGAAAGCGAAGAUGAAGGAGAGAGUGAGACAGAGGUGCCCGCCAAGGACACGAAUACUGCGAAGCCUGAGUCCGUAGAGGAGAAGCCCUCGGACGAUGAAGACGGAGUCGAUGGCGAGGAUGCAGACCCCGAGCUCUCAGAAAUCGUCAACGCGAGUGGUUUGAAUACCACACCUCGCGGAACAACAGACCUGCCCACCGACGUUGCUCCCUCCCUCCCAGGCACAGACACCGUGCCACAGGACUUUUCCGAACUCAAUCUCUCGGAAAAAACUACAAAGGCCAUCCAGGAAAUGGGGUUCACGACCAUGACGGAGAUCCAACGCCGGGGCAUCCCUCCACUCCUCGCAGGCAGGGAUGUAUUGGGCGCUGCCAAGACCGGCAGUGGAAAGACCCUCGCCUUCCUGAUUCCUGCCGUCGAGAUGCUGCACGCCCUGCGCUUCAAGCCCCGCAAUGGCACGGGCGUCAUUGUCGUCUCCCCAACCCGCGAACUCGCAUUACAAAUCUUCGGCGUUGCGCGCGACCUCAUGAAAUUCCACACUCAGACAUUUGGUAUCGUGAUCGGCGGCGCGAACCGGAGCGCCGAGGCAGAGAAGCUUUCCAAGGGAGUGAAUCUCUUGAUCGCCACUCCCGGUCGAUUGCUGGACCAUCUCCAGAACACCAAGGGGUUUGUCUACAAGAAUGUCAAAGCGCUAAUCAUCGACGAAGCCGACCGCAUCCUCGAAGUCGGGUUCGAAGACGAAAUGCGACAGAUUGUCAAGAUCCUCCCGGACCGCGACUCCCGCCAGACGAUGCUCUUCUCCGCCACCCAGACCACAAAGGUCGAAGACCUGGCGCGCAUAUCCCUCCGUCCGGGCCCGCUGUACAUCAAUGUGGACCACAAGGCCGAGACCAGCACCGUCUCGGGCCUCGAGCAAGGCUAUGUGAUUGUCCCGCCCGAGACGCGCUUCCUCCUGCUUUUCUCCUUCCUCAAGCGCAACCUGAAGAAGAAAGUCAUCGUCUUCAUGUCCUCGUGCAACUGCGUCAAGUACCAUUGCGAACUCCUCAACUACAUUGAUCUGCCCGUGCUGGAACUCCACGGCAACCUCAAACAGCAAAAGCGCACGAAUACAUUCUUCGAGUUCAUCAACGCCAGCCACGGCACGUUGAUCUGCACGGACGUGGCGGCACGAGGCCUCGACAUCCCCAGCGUCGAUUGGAUCGUGCAGUUCGACCCGCCGGACGAUCCGAGGGACUACAUCCACCGAGUGGGACGGACUGCUCGCGGAAGCAACGGCAAAGGAAGGAGUCUGAUGUUCUUACAGCCCAACGAAGUCGGGUUUCUGUCGCAGUUGAAGGAGGCACGUGUUCCGGUCGUGGAGUUUGAUUUCCCAACCAAGAAGCUGGUCAACAUCCAGAGUCAACUGGAAAAACUGAUCGGACAGAACUAUUACUUGAACAAGUCCGCCAAGGAUGGAUACCGCUCGUACCUGCAAGCGUACGCCUCACACAGUUUGAGGUCCGUUUUCGACGUAAACAAGCUUGACCUGGUGAAGGUUGCCAAGAGCUUCGGCUUCGCUUCGCCUCCCCGAGUCGACAUUCAGCUGGGCGCAAGCAUGCGGGAUAAGAAGCAGAACACAGGGAGGAGAAGCUACGGAAGCCAACCCAAGCAGAAGAAUGGGUUCCGAAGAAAAUGA